CCGGAGAACAGUUCAACUGAAACCGAACUGGAGGGAAUAGCCGAAACGGACGAAGAUGAGGAGGUGUUCAAUUCAGACCAUGCACAAGAAAAUCGUGUCAUCAACUUAGCCAUUGAUCCGACUUUGGUGGAUCGGCAGAAGUGCAGUAUGCGGCAACAUGUGCAACCGAUAUCCGAGUUAGUCUGCAAUUAUGUGUUUCGAUUGUCAAUUCUAUCCUCCUGGGUUGCUUCCUCAUUUUGA